AUGGAGAGCAAAAUUCGGUCGCGGUUCAUGAUUGUUGAUGCAGACAAGCACGGCUUACCCCGUGUUCUUGACCUGGUUUUGGUUAAUGGCAAAGCAAAAAGUGAUAUCAAGAACCUUUUGAAUGUGAUCUACACCUCUGGUUGGGAAGUCAGAAUUGGCAAGGAACGUGCACUAGAUCAGCAAAUUCCAUCCGCCUACAUAGCAAUGUUAAAAGGAUACAACAUCGGCGAUAAUGACAGCCGAGCAAUUUCGCGAUCGGACAAAACAACGGAAUGGUUUCUAAGUUUGGAAGAACAUUUAGAUGACAUUGAAUUUCGCGGCGUUUGUGGAUUUCUACAUGAUAGCGGCGAAAUUGUUCACUUCGAGGAUGCUGCCUUAAGACAGCUGAUCUUCGUGGAUCCUCUUUGGCUUGCCGAUUAUCUUGCUGCCAUCGUUGCAUUGAGGUUCGAACGCUACUGA